GCGCUGUGCGGUUUGGUGAGUUGUUGUUGUGUGGUGGUGGUAGUUGUUGUUGUUGUUCAUAUUUUCGCUGGUUAUUAGUUAGCAGCGAAAGAGCGAGCAGAUAACUUUCAUGUUCUAUGUUUGGCUUCACCACAUUUGUGCAACGUCUUUGUGAAGCAUUUGCUGGUUGUGUUUGGCGUUGUCGUCAUCAUUGUGGACAUUGUGAAGACGUUAAGGCUAUUUGAUUCAAAGGCUGAUAAUAAAUAAUCAAUAAUACACAAUUCUUUGACCAACAACACAACCAACCAACCAAGUUACAAAGGAGACAUACAAGCAACUGAAGUACGUGGUUCCUGAAGUACAUUUGAAAGCAUUGCAUCUAGUUUAGUGAUUAUGAAAAUAGUGAGUGUCAAAAAGUUUCCUUUGAUUGGCACAAACGGCUACUGAAGCAUAGCCUUUUUGUGCUCUUAUCAGUAAAUAAGUUCCUUAAAAGUGUUUGAUCAUUAUUUGAACAUUGGCUUCUUGCUAAUGCAGUGUUGAAAUUAAAUAUUGCUCGCAUGUAGUAAAGUAAAGCAGAUUCUUCAGUAAAUGUGCUAAAUUAAUACAAAGAUAAGUGUUCAAUUGUCUGAAUUGCUGCAUGUGUAGUCCAGGUUUUUAUUAAAACGACAUCUAGUUUCAUUGGAUUGGAUAAUUUCACUGCAUGAUAACAGAAUCAGAUUUCAAUAAAUUAAACUUGAUCAUUUACAUUAAUUGUGAAGUUGAAUAGGAGUCAAUUUUAAUAUGAAUUUCUUUAAAUUAAGUCGCAGUCGUAGUAACACCAGCAACAGUCAGAGUAAUGACUCCAGUAGUAAACCAGGCGCCAUUACCAAUUUGGAGUAUUAUACAUCAUCCUCAUCUGUAUCACCAUUGCUUAGUGGUAUACCUUUAAAUAAAUUGCCAUCAUCUACAUUAUCAUCAUCGAAAUCGAUCAGCAACUUUACAAUUAAUAGUUUAAUGAAUUCAUCUGAUAAAGUGAAAAAAUCAUACGGCAGUGAUAAAUGUAGAAAGUGUAAGAAACAUAGUAGUUCAACGACGACGUCUAACAAGUAUUUACGUGGUCUGAAUAUGAAGCGAAAACGAAAGGCUGUGGAUAGUAAGGAUGCAGAACCCGGCUUUGAACAGCCAUCAGCAAAACGUCCACAAACGGCAAAUGCAGGGUCAAAUGUGUAUCAUUCAAUUUUUUACCAAAGUGACUCAAGUUCUUCAGUUUAUUCAUCACCAGUUGAUGCUGCCGAUCGUGUGCCUUCAGUCUUAGAUUGUUUUAGUGACAUUCCAGAUAGUCCACACAGUAUAGUGUCUCCUAGUCUAACAACUUUGUCGGAAAAGGCGAAAACAACGCAUGCUGUUGCAUCAACAUUUGUUGUUAGCGCUAAUAAUGGUGUCCAAAGUGAGCCACAUCACGGUGAGCGUACACCAGCGCCGCCAGUACGUUAUAACAGUGAAGACACCGUCUCGAGUGUAGUGCAUGAAACUGCUGAAACGGCUAAUAAAUUUAAUGCAUAUGUCACAGAGCCUUAUAAUAAUUGCAUGACACCUGCAGCUGACAGCGAACCGAUGAGGCCUUGUCCCUUGCCGGCUUUGUCAUGGGCAAAUGCGAAUGAUGUUUGGCAAUUCAUUUGUAGGAAGGAUGAAGAAGAUGCACUCUUACGUAGUAGCACCAUGUUCGAACAGCAUCCUGGUUUGCAACCGCGCAUGCGUGCUAUUCUACUUAAUUGGUUGAUUGAAGUGUGUGAGGUUUAUAAACUACACCGUGAGACAUAUUACUUAGCUGUGGAUUAUUUGGAUCGUUAUAUGCAUAAACAGAAGCGGGUCCAAAAAACCUUUUUGCAACUGAUAGGUAUUACUUGCCUGUUUGUGGCUGCUAAAGUUGAAGAAAUCUACCCGCCAAAAAUAAAUGAAUUCGCCUAUGUGACUGAUGGUGCAUGCCAAGAAGAUGAUAUACUCAAGCAGGAAGUCAUGCUAUUGCAAGCACUCGAUUGGGAUAUUAAUCCUGUGACACCAAUUAGCUGGUUGGGAAUUUAUUUACAAUUGAAUUUGAAUAAUCGUACGCCCGAUUCAUUUGUGGUUUCUGGCACGAUGGCAGAUAAUAAUAAUAGCAGCAACAGCACAGACCCAAGUUGGAUGAAUAAGCAGACUAAAUCCACAACAGUUAAAGAAAAUACUGAUAACUGCAAUAAAUGUAUAGAUUCUAAGUCAACAGUCGGUGAUAGUUCUGUGGAUAACGCAUUUUUAUAUCCACAAUUUUCUGGUUGGGCAUUUGCACAGACUGCGCAACUACUCGAUUUAUGUUCUCAAGAUGUAGGAAUGGCUGAUUAUAGUUAUGCAGUGUUAGCUGCUGCUGCUAUGAGUCACACCUUCGAUAAAGCCACUGCAGUACGUUGUUCCGGUUUUACUUGGCCAACUCUUGAAGCUUGCGCACUUUGGAUGGCACCAUUUUUUGAAAUAAUUCGUGAGGAAUCUCCUUAUUUCCAUCUAAUCGAACAAAAUGAACUACUAGCAACAAAACAUGGUUUAGGACACAUUUGUCCAAAUAUAAUUACUGAUGAUUCAUAUAUUAUACAAACUCACACCACAACAAUUGAGAUGUUUGAUCGUGUAUGUGCGCUGCAGGAGCAAUAUGCUGCAUUAGUUAAUAAGCAAAAACAUUUACAGUCACCAGCUACCUCAUUAAAUUGUCCAGCGGGUUUGCUAACACCACCGAGUUCCAGUCGAAAACCACAAGAAGCUGACAAUGGCAAUGAUGAUGAUGAAGAUGACGAUGAUAUCGAUGAUGAUGAAAGUGUUGCCAGUGAAAGCUUAAAUCGUACAGUGGUUUCUGCAACGAACUUAGCAACUCAAAGUAUAAAAAUCGCAACUGUGACAACAACAAUUGAUGAUGUGAACGAUGGCGAUGAUGAGACUGAUUACAUUGAAGUUAAGAACUAUGAUCACAAUAUUGAUGGCAAUCAUCUAACAUUUAAAGCUAAGCAUAAAGCUGAAAAUGAAUCUGCUACUAGCAAAUGUAAGAAGAAGUACACAUAAACUGCCAUGACAUCCAUUUAGAAAGAUAAUC